AUGGCCAUGUCCUCUGGUAUGACAGAGCCAUCAGAGACCUUUAUGCCUCCCACUUCUCCGCUGGUGGCUGACUCCUCAUGGACUCAGGAGAAUCCACUAAGUCCUCAGAAGGAGGACAGGAAUCUUCAGCUAAGCGGGAUCCCUGCUGCAAAUGGAAUAACGGAGAGUGCACACGCAUCUGAAGAACAGCAGAAGUUUAUUGAGGAUCAACUUGGUGAAGAAAUACGGCUGGGUCGAGUCUCUGAAAGCUUCAGAUCUGAAUUGUUACCUGGGAUGUAUAGCGUGCUGAUGCAUACAGUCCCAAAACCAAAUUCAGACAAGUUGCAUCUGGUCGUUGAUCAUACAGCCGGGGAGUACUCACUUAACUCUAUGAUUGACGUGGAUGCCAUUAAAGGCACAAAACUAGAUGGCUUGCACUCACUUGGUGCUUCCCUACUGGAGUUUAGAAAGGACCAUCCAGAUGAAAAACUGCUUCUCUUCAAGUCUGACGUGUCCCAAGCCUUUUGCAGACUACCUAUGCACCAGCUGUGGCAAGCCAAGCAGGUGCUAACAUUUCGUGGUCAAUGGCACAUCAAUCAUUGCAACAACUUUGGUGGGCGCGGCUCACCAAAGGUCUGGAUAUCAUUCAUGUCCCUCAUGGCAUGGAUUGCCAUUCACCACACCCUUAUCAAAGCCCUUAAGCUUUAUAUGGACAACUCUUUCUCCUUCGAGGUGGCUGGGUGGACGCUCUAUUAUGAGCCUUAUCAAUGUCACUUCCCAGAAAAGCAGACUCAUCUACUGCAAUUAUGGGAUGAGAUUGGUGUGCCUCACGAUUGA